UAUCGCUCUAUCCCGCUUUAACUAUCAUUCCCAAAACCGAUUUUCACGAAGUCAGUACUGAAUACUCAAUUGAAGAAAAAGUGAUAAAGAUGGAGUCUAACACGUUUCUUGAAAUGCUGAGCGCCAGGAAUUCUUCGGGUGGAAACUACUUCCACGAAGCAUGUCAAGCUGGCUCAUUAGAUCUUCUUAUGAGGGCAAAAAUGUGGAUGGAUCAACCAAUCCCAUCGAUCUUGACUACAAGAAACUACAAUGGUGAGCAAUGCUCCCAUAUCAUCGUGAAGAACAAGAAUAAUUAUGCACAAAAGAUGAUGGACAUCGUCUUGAAGCUCGGGGCUGACAUAAACGGCCGGGAAAGCCUCGUUGGUUUCACUCCUCUGCAUUUGUGUGUCUGGAAAAGGAAUUACGAGCUCGCCGAAUGGCUGUGCAGGGCACCAGGCAUCGAUCUCGAGACUACUAACUACGCCGGGCAGACUGUCUAUCAACUUGCCUUAGAACGAGACGACAAUCAAAUGAUGGAGAUAAUCAAAAGGGCCGGAACCAAGUGCGAAUCUUAGAAAUUGAGAAAACGUGAUAAGUGAUAAGGAACAAUGUUGUGUGAAAAAGCUGAGCUCAAAGAGGCUAUACUUAACAGUUUACAUUUAGAAAUCGUAAGUUAAUCUAGGCAGCUAAUUUUACGGUUGUGAUCCAUGCAAACGGUUGUUUCAUUAUUUGAAUAUUUGUUAUGUUUUAUUAUUGCUUUUUUUAUGUUUGUUAAAGAUUAAAAUUGUAACUUAUUAUCUUUUUUAAUUUUUAAAAAUAAGUGUCAGCACUUUUUUGCUCUCUAAAGGAUCUCCAUGACUUACCAAAGCAAUUGGAUUUUUCAUAGAUAAUAGCUCGAAUAUUUUUAAUGCGUACAGUGUUUUAAAAAAAUAAAACAAAUGUUCCUUUAUCGUAAUUAAUUUAAUACAUAUGUUGUAAUAUAACUGACU